GGAUGAAGGGGAACGUUGUGCGGGGCGAGAGAAUAGAGAAAUUUAUUGGGAUCGACUUGAGUGGCAUGCACUGUGCCAUAUUGCUCAUUGACAAGAGGGUCGUCUCUUCCGUCAUAUUUAGGGUAGUAGGCACAGACUUGGCGGAGGUUCCUUUGGCUGCAACAAGUGCGCAAGCUGAAGGACAGGUUACAGAAUUGAGGAAGGAUUACACGAGUUUGAUUGCUUUGGAAGGAACAACAGUGCUGCGAAGUUCUAUUCUUAAAAGUCAAAUGCCUUCCAAGUCACCAUUUGUCAUCGUCAGCAUCGUCAAUGCUAAUGAUGAUUCUCCUGCGCUGCUGACGAUGACUCUAUGGCACGGCAACGAUGUCUCUACGGCACCACCGCGAAUGACUUCUCUAACUCUUGUUGCCGACAUCCCUCGUUGUUGGAGAAUCCCGCCUAAUAAGCCGCAGGCUCAGAAUAGAACUCUUCGCUUCUCAAUAAACCUUGCUGGUUGCGCUGCCUUUCUUGCGUUAGUGGUGCAGAGAUUUUUCAUUCUCAAGGUGUUAUUGGAGCAUUUGGGUCGGACUCUGCCUGUUUCGUACCGGCGAAAGAAGAUUGCAGAGAUGGAGGCUGAAGGAGUAUCUGAUCUUGCAUUGAAAAAAAGUUCCAAGCGUAGCAAGAAAACAGUUGUAAUGGCUUCACCAAUACGAAGAAGCGGUAGAUUGCAGCUUGCAGAGAUUAAGAAAAGGCCAAAAGUACACGCAGCGCAUGUCGACUUGGGUGAGGAUGACGAAGAUUCUAUGGAAGAUGGUGGUGCAAAUGGGAAUGAGAAUGCUGGUUCAGAUGUGUCUAGAGAUGAUGUAGAGAGUGGGGGAGAAGAUGGUGGGAGUGGAGAUGAGGAGGCUGACAGUGAUGAUGCAUUUGAAGACCCACCACGGAAGACGUCAACUGACCCAUCACCAAGGGCUUCGAGGAAAAAUGCUAGAAUAGAAAAGAAACGAAAGAGGCAGGGGAUUACAAAAUUGAAGGAAAAGUACCCGCGAAUUCAGUCGAGAGCUUCUCCCACCGUUUUGCAAAAAGUGGUUGAAGCUUUGAACGAAGUUCAGAGGCGGGAGGUUGUUAGGAUUGGGUUUGGGUCUAUGUUAAGGAUCAAGUUAACUGAACUUCCUGCAAAACUAGGAUUUUGGGUGGUAGAUAAAUUCAAUCCUAGGAGUAGCAGUCUUGAGCUUGCAGACGGAACAAAGGUGCGUGUGACAGUUGAUGAUAUUAUACAUGUUUUGGGUUUGCCAUGUGGGCGUGUGAAGGUGUUCUACGUUGACCGAGUGGUGCUCUAUAGUAGAGACGUAGAGAGAAUGUCGCCUGCAUUUCUGGGAUGGACAUCUAAGAUCCUAAGGGAUAGGGAAAACAACGAGGUUAGAGCAGGUGGAUUCGGGUUGGGGUAUGACGAUGGUAGAUUUGUUGGUGAGGUGAUGGAUGUGAGCUCUGGUGACACAGUUGUUGGUGUGUGUUUAGAACAGGUUAAUGUCAAAACUGGUAAUGGUGAUGCGGCCGAACCAAUGGGAGAGCCGAGAGAUGAUCCGUUCGAGGGGAAAGUACUGGCUACCACAAUCAUCGACUUAGUGUCGUUGAUUGAGAGUGCACCACCUGGUACCAUGGAGAAUGAUGUGUUCAAGCAGCUACAGCUUGCAGCGGGUAGAUUAUUGGGUCUGGCACAACGUAGAGGCGGUGGAAACUUAGAAACACCUGAUGGAGGUUUUUCUGAAGUGACUUAUGAUGAAGCAAUUGAUAGGGAUUUGGCUGGUGGAAGUAGGAAUCAGCCGGACAGGCUUGGAAUGACAGCGGUUGCUGGUGUGAGUGCAGUGGGUGAUGUAACUGUGCCAGGAACUGAUCCAGAGGUGAAGCAAUACAAUGCAGCAAGGAAGUUGGAUAGGAGUAUAAAACCUUCCGGGCCUUUGAGAUCACCCUACAUUACGCGACCGAUUGAUCCUUCAGAUGGGUUAUCUGUCCUGGAGAAGAGGGUGACGAAUUGGUUGUUGCAGAAUCUAAAUGCUCCAAAGGAUGAAGCUGUUUUCGUGAAGGAUGGAUUUGAGUUAACAAGAGGUGAAAUUGCGUCGUUGGAUAUAUGGAAGCAUAUUUCAAAGAGGGUGAUAGAUGUGUGGUCAAUAAUACUCAACCACAAUGAGAAAUUCAGAAGUGAGGAAUCCCCGUUACGUGUGUUUGCUAGGAGCAUGGAUUGUGUUGCAAAUGGGGAUAUAGUCGAUGUGUCUGAGGCGAACGUGAAGAACAUGUUUGCAAAUGCGCUGCUUCCUGCGUGGGAUGACAUGGCAGAUGAUUUCAACUGGGGGAAAGCUGAACUGAACUGGGCAUAUGUGUUGUGUGUUGACCUAAAAAGCAGACGCUGUGACAUCCUGGAUAGCUCUUCAGCGAAAGCAAAAAACGAAGACAGAUAUGGUGACAUGCCAAAACGAGUUGUGAGGUUGUUGGGUGAUUUUCUUGAGCAGCAGAGGUUUGUUUUCAAAGGUAAAUGUGUUAGAGAAAUGGUUGCUAUGAGAAUUACGUUCCCUUGGAGAGAUCCGAAGGCUACGUUUGACUAUGGUGUGGCAACCAUGCGUCAUAUGGAGACGUAUAUGGGGGAUUGUGGAAAAGGAUGGAACAGUGGCUUGUCAAGGUUAAAUCUGAAACCUCUGAUGUUGCUGCAAUGCAAGUACUGUGCAUGUAUACUUCUAAGCCCAGUUAAUGCACUGUUGGACAAGGUUUACGAAGAGCCGGAGAAACUCGAAAGGGAGAGGAAGGAAAAGGAUCCUAAGUGAACCCACCCCUGGAAUGGCUGCACCUUACUUUUGUGUUUUUGUUGAACUAUUUUAAUUUGUUGUUGGUGACAUUUGGUGACACAGUUCAUUGAUGGAAUUGUUAUUUGGGAACAAGUUUUUUUGUGUGGAUUGAGGCAGUGGUUUUUUUGUAUAUGGUGUGAAUGGGUAUGGUUUUUUGAAUGAAGUUGUGGUGUUGCC